AUGGAAAGAGAUUCAGUCGCCGCCCUCCACAUCAACGACUUCUUCGAGAAAUAUAUCGCAAGCGAAUUUGAAUCGGAGAUCGACACGAAGUUCUUCCGCUUCCAGCAUCAUCAAAGCAAAGACAUGUUGUUCAUGUUUCGCGAACAUGGACGUUAUCGCCCAAACGAAACUUUCGAUCGCCCCGGCUAUUGGGCAAUGGAUCAUGUGACAAUGUCGCUUCUCUGCCUCCCUACCCACCGACCUCCUCAUAGUAUUCGA